AUGGGCGGCGUAUCUGCCUCACCCUCAUAUAUUCACACCGUUUCCAUUGGUUCCCCCUCAACCAAGUCCAUCAAUCUCACCAAUUCUACGAAUUCUCCCUCCACAACCUCCACCACCUCCCCAGUAGUCCCAAAUCCCCAUAAACUCGGCCUAAUAAUCUCCAUCUACUACCUCGGCUCUAUCAUUGGCGCCUUCCUCCUCGGACAACUCGCCGACCACAUCGGUCGGAUAAACGCCACAUGUAUCGCCGCCUCACUCGCAUUAGCAGGUGGCACACUACAGUCUUCUGCACAUAACGCCGCUUGGAUCAUGGGAGCUAGAGUGGUUACCGGCAUGGGAACGGGCGGGUUGAUGGCCGCAGUGCCGGUUUAUAUCGCAGAAAUCUCACCCGCUAGUCACCGUGGAGGUUUUCUCGGUUAUGUCUUCGUUGCAAACUACCUAGGUAUCUCUAUUGCAUACUGGCUCGAUUUCGGCCUCGCAUAUAUCGACCACGGAAACUCUGCUUUUCGCUGGAGAUUUCUCCUCGCGUUUCAAUGUUUGCCCGCUCUUCUUCUACUCGCCGGAAUCAAAUUCCUACCAGAUUCUCCUCGUUAUUAUGCGUCAUUGGGAAAAUACCAGCUGGGUAGAGAAGUUCUGGAGCAUAUGAGAGGAGGGGAGGGACCUGAUGUCGAGAAGGAAUUCAUGGAGAUAUGUGUGGUAACUAGAGGAAUAAAACCUAGCUCGCCAAUCCAGUUUGUGAGGAUUCUUAUCGGUAAAGCUACGGAAGCUCCGCAUCUAGGUCGUCGAGCUUGGCUUUGUCUGUGGCUUCAAAUAAUGGCUUCCUGGACUGGGAUUACUGCCGUGACGGCUUAUUCACCAGUUCUUCUCAAACAAGCUGGCUAUACUUCUGUCACCCAAAACGGACUUGCAGGUGGUCUGAACACUAUCGGAAUAGUGGGGACCAUCAUUUCCGCACAAGUAGUUGAUCGGUUUGGGCGCCGGAAAUGUUUGAUUUGGGGAGCUUUUGCUUUAUUCAUGGUAAACGCCAUCGCCGCGUCUCUUUUUGAAGUCACAAGACAUGAUAUAAAGGAGGCCACAUCAAUUGCGCCCGCCGCGGUGCUCAUGCUUUCCCUCUUCAAUCUAUGCUAUGCCGCUACUUGGGGCACCGUCGCAUUUUUGAUACCCACCGAGAUAUUCCCUUCGGAAAUGCGAGCUCAAGGUAAUGGAUUCGGCAUCACUGGUUGGGCAAUUGGUGUCGGGUGCACCACGUUGGUCAAUCCAAUCAUGUUUGCCAACCUGGAGAGUCGGACAUAUUUCUUAUUCGCAGGUUUGAAUCUUCUUUGGAUGCCCAUCAUCUUUGUGUUUUACCCCGAGACGGCGGAUCGCUCACUCGAAUCUAUUGAUGCCAUGUUCUCAACUAAUAGUCCAUUGUACAUCAAAAUGGAAGCCGUAUACCGAACAACAGGAAACGAUGAAGGUUUGCCCACGAGAAUGCAUAUGUCAAAGGAUAAUUCGAAGAUUAUUGAGGCUUCGUUGGCCGUAGAAAUGACUUCUUGA